AAAUAUUUUAUUAAGCGCCAUCGCGUGGUUGUUCACACAUGAAACACGUGUGACGUCACUUCCUUCUUUUCAGCUCCAGCUUCCAAGAUGGGCGCUUACAAAUACAUGAGCGAGGUUUGGCGAAAGAAACAAUCUGACGUUCUUCGGUAUUUGUUGAGAAUUCGUUGCUGGCAUUUUCGUCAACUUUCCUCUGUGCAUCGGGCAUCAAGACCUACACGCCCAGAUAAAGCGAGAAAACUCGGUUACAAAGCUAAGCAAGGUUUUGUAAUUUACCGAGCCCGUGUCCGACGUGGGGGUCGCAAGAAGCCUGUUCCAAAAGGAGCAACUUACGGAAAACCCGUCCACCAGGGGGUUAACCAACUUAAGUUCGCGAGAAACCUUCAAAGUGUCGCUGAGGAGCGAGUAGGUCGUCACUGCGGGGCGCUACGAGUGCUUAACAGUUACUGGGUUGCAGAAGAUUCGACUUACAAAUAUUUUGAAGUCAUUCUCGCUGAUCCGAUGCAUAAGACGAUCCGACGAGAUCCAAACAUUCAAUGGAUUUGUAAAUCAACGAUGAAACAUCGUGAGAUGAGAGGUCUAACGUCGGCCGGUAAGAGCAGUCGUGGUCUUGGCAAGGGACAUCGUUUCAAUCAUUCCAUCGGGGGAUCGGUCCACGCUGCAUGGAAGCGUAGAAACACCACUCAGAUGCGAAGAAAGCGAUAAGUUGGUCGUCAUGGAAAUAAAAAUAUUCGAUAAAA